AUGUUAUUCGAAAAUUAUUUGUCAAGUGUUUGGAAAUUUAUAAUAACUCCACCUUGGAUGAGUGUUUGUGGGUUUGGAAUUAUUUAUAAUUUUGCAGCAAUUGAUUCUGGAUCAUUCAUUUUAAUUUUGUUGGCAAACGGUACAACAAUUAUAAUUUUAGUAGAACAUCGAAUGAGAUCUGUUAUUUCUUUGAUUCAUCGGAAAAUUGCGAGGAUUGCGAGAUUUAUGAAAUAUUUUUAUACCGUGACGCAGUUUUUGGUUAUUUUUUGUUUUCUUCUUGCUUAUGAGGAUUUUCGAGAGCAAACUGAUUAUAAACUUCAACUCAAUGAAGUAAAUGAUUUAUUUUGAAAUUUUUACAACAUAACACACACCUCGGCCAAAAUCGUGGUUUCCAAAAGUCAAAAUUGCACGCUAACAUUUUUUCAAUGUAAAAACUGUAAAUUUUCAGUUUUUGCCCCUCUGAAAUGCUCAAAUUCAGAUAUUUUCAAAAAUUCUACUCUGGUCCACAACGGAUUGGCCGAGAUGUGACAUAACAACUAUCAAAAUUAGCUACCAGAAAUAUUGAAUAAGAGCGUUUUGAAAGAUUCAAUUUUGAAGAUGUUUCUCACUUUUUUCAACAAUUUUACUUUAAAAAAUCGGAAAACCACCUUUGGAUUAUCUUUCGUUAUUUUCAGAAUAAAAAAAACGAAUCAAAGAGUUUCUAAUUGAAAAACAUGACUUUAUCUCCAAAAAAUGUAAUUUAUCCCUGUUUAGCAAAAUUUGCGAAUUUAACUUUAAAAUUCCAGACCGAUGGCCCAAUUCCAAAUUUUAUAUAUUGUGAAAACUGUCUCGUCUUCAAACUUGACUCUCAAAACACUAUAAACUUCGCAAUAUCCUCAACAUUUUCUGUUCUAAUCGCUGGUAACGCUAUUCUUCUAAUGGCAUUUUCCUCGUAUUACGCAUUAUCCUCAAACUCCGCAAUAUUUUCGAAACGAACAAUUCUUGUUCAAAAAAGUUUUCUCCAAAGUUUAUUCAUCCAAAUCGGUGUUCAUAUGUUAUUUCUAGCCGCUCCAAUUCUCUUUUUCUUUUUUGCAUUUUUGUUGAGACUGUCGAUGGAAAAAUGGCAAAUAUUUAUGCAUUUUUUGACAAUUUGUUUUUUUCAACACGGAUCGUUUUCUACGAUUGCAAUGUUGUCAACAAAUAAACAAUUGAAACGAAAUUGUGAGUUAAUUUAUUGAAUUUUUGAAAAAGAUUUUGAAAUUUAAUUCAAUUUUCAGUGAUUCAAUUUUUCCGAAAAAUCCGGCAACGUUUGAAUUGGUCAUCAAACACUGAGGCAGAUAAUAAACUCCGCAAUAUUUUUGCAGUAUAA